GGGCGGCGGCAGGAAGCGGCGGGAGCGGCGCUGGGAGCAGCUGGGCCCGGCAGAGCCCAGUCGGCUUUAGUAAACCGCCGGAGGCUGCACCGGGACCCCUGGGGAGAGGCGCGCCCCUGAGUGCACCGCGGGAUGUAGGAAGUAGAGACGCGAUAAGGGGCGAAAGAGACGCAGGGGGAGUCCCGGGCCCCUCCCGGGGAAUGCGCGGCCCCAAGCUGCGGCAGCGAGGGCACGGCGACGAGAGCUGAGCCUCGGGGCUCGCAGAACCCCACCGGGCAGGGGCGGGGCCUCCGCGGCACCCGUCCCUCCCCCGGCCUGGGCCCCGCCCCUCCUCCUCCCGGCGUGGGGACCGGGGCUGGCUCCCGUCCCCGCCCAGGACCUAUCGGAGCGCGCUCCCCCCAGGGUGCCAUGGCUUCGCGGCUCCUGCACAGGCUGCGGCACGCCCUGGCCGGCGACGGCACCGGGGAGGUGGCGGCCGGCCCGGAGGCCGAGCAGUUCCCGGAGAGCUCGGAGCUGGAAGACGACGACGCCGAGGGCCUGUCCUCCCGCCUCAGCGGCACCCUUAGCUUCACCAGCGCCGAGGACGAGGACGAAGAGGACGAAGAGGACGACGAGGAGGCACCUGACUCGCUGCCCGCAGCGGACGGGGCGUCGGGAGAAGACGCAGAACAGAGCUCCGCACCUGAUGGGCAGCGGAGCAGUCAGCUCCUGCCACGGCAAUUGCAGGAUUUCUGGAAGAAGUCGCGAAACACCCUGGUACCCCAGAGGCUGCUCUUUGAGGUGACCAGCGCCAACGUGGUCAAGGACCCCCCCUCCAAGUACGUGCUCUACACCAUCGCCGUGAUGGGUCCAAGGCCACCAGAUCGCCAGCCAGCCCAGAUCUCUCGCCGCUACUCGGACUUUGAGCGGUUGCACCGAAACCUGCAGCGGCAGUUCCGAGGUCCCAUGGCUGCCAUCUCCUUCCCCCGUAAGCGCCUGCGCCGGAAUUUUACUGCAGAGACCAUUGCCCGCCGCAGCCGGGCCUUCGAGCAGUUUUUGAGCCACUUGCAGGCAGUCCCCGAGCUGCGUCAUGCCCCAGACCUGCAGGACUUCUUUGUGCUGCCUGAGCUGCGACAUGCACAGAGCCUCACCUGUACUGGCCUCUAUCGUGAGGCACUGGCACUCUGGGCCAAUGCCUGGCAGCUGCAGGCCCAGCUGGGCACCCCCUCAGGCCCAGAUCGCCCCCUGCUGACCCUGGCUGGGCUGGCUGUGUGCCACCAGGAGCUGGAGGACCCUGGGGAGGCCCGGGCAUGCUGUGAGAGGGCCCUACAGCUGCUGGGGGACAAGAGCCCCCACCCUUUGUUGGCACCCUUUCUGGAGGCCCACGUCCGGCUCUCCUGGCGCCUGGGCCUGGACAAACGCCAGUCAGAGGCCCAGCUCCAGGCCCUGCAGGAGGCAGGCCUGACCCCCACGCCACCCCCCAGUCUCAAAGAAUUGCUCAUCAAGGAGGUACUAGAAUAACCUUGCCUAGACUUCAGACCUCUGUGGGGAGAGGCACUGCACCAGGAUGGCUGGGAGGUUGGGCAGGAGGCCGAUGAGGACCUGGACAACAGUCGAGAGGCUGAAGAAGGUACUGGGAACCCCUAGAAGUUCCACAAAGAAUUUGUAGCAGACUGAGGAAACAUGGUUCUUCUGUUGAGCUGGGCUCAGGACAAGCUUUGGCUGGGAAUGCCCGAGAUGGUGCAGGGAGGACAUCUGAUGCAGCCUCUCUGGCUUAUGAACAGCUGGGGGCUGUGUCCCAGGUCAGGGUCAGUGUUCCCUUUCCCUUGGGCCUCUAAGCCAGCAAGGCACCCUGGCCAAAGGGCCAGGGACUCUGUCUCUGGAGUCCUGGAGUUGAUGGCUGGAGGGAGGGCUGCAGUUCUGGCCCAGGAGAAUUAAAGGCCAGCAGCUCCAGUGG